AUGACGGGGCAAGCGGUGAAGCUGAAUAGAGCCAAGCUUGAGGCAUGCUUAACAUGUCCUUUGUGCAAUAAAUUGUUCAACAAUGCCACCACCAUUUCAGAAUGCUUACACACUUUUUGCAGGGGAUGCAUAGAUAAGAAGCUAAUAGAUGAGCAAUUAAAGCACUGUCCAGUAUGCAAUGCUGACUUGGGUUGUUCUCCACUUGAUAAAUUAAGGACAGAUCAUAGUUUACAAGAUUUGAGGAACAAAAUUUUGCCUGAAGAAGGAAAAAAAAUUGGCAAGACACCUAAGAAUUGUGUGAAAAGAAAGAAGAAAUCUCUGUCUUCUCUAGAAGCCAACGCAACAGGAGCAAAAGCUGCUACUCCUGAGAGAGAAGUUUCCGCGCCUUCGCAACCGGAUUGUUCUUCUCCUAAGCCUGAAAAGGUGGAGGAAGAUGUCAGAAAAGACGAGAAACAACCGCGGAGGAUAGGAAUCUUGGAUGAAGUCUCUACAAAGUUAACUGCAAGAAGAGCUAAAGUUGUAGCAAGAAAAAAGUACCUUCUGAAAGAGUUAACAUCAUCUUGUGAACCGGAUAAAGUAACCGGAGAUCAGAGGAAAGAAAAUGAUGACCGGUUUCAGCUUGAAAUUUCCAAUGACAGUUCCAAAGCCAGAGUUCAGAAUCCUUCAAAACCAGAUUCAAGUCAACAAAUAGUGCCAAACAAGAUUCCAAUUGACAAUGUUGAAUCAUGGCAAGAAGCUCUUGAUUUGUGUGAGCCAUUAAAUUCCAUUGUAGAAGCUGCAAGGAAGAACAAAUCUUGCAGUAAGUCCACUAUGCAAGAACAUGCUGUCAUUCCAUCAGUAAAGUCAAGUGACAAUGAUGGCCAGCCUAAGGUUGAAAAUGGUGAUGAGAAUGAAUCGAAUCGUUCGAGAUCAUCGGAUACAAAAGGAAGAAAACUCAAAUUCUCUGAGGACUUGAAUGUUCCAGUACAGCAGCAAGUGAUUACUUCAAAUGGUGAAAGCAACAGAGGGUUUGGUCCAGUUUGGUUCUCCUUGGUUGCUUCUGAAGUGAAUGAAGAAAGUGCAAAAUUGCCAAAAAUAACCCCCAGCUACUUAAGGGUCAAGGAUGGUAGUUUACUUGUUUCCCAUAUCAAAAUGUAUAUAGUGAAGAAGCUUGGUCUUGUUAGCGAAUCCGAGGUGGAGAUCUCGUUGCAAGGUAAACCGGUUCUACCUUGCAUGCAACUGCAAAACUUGGUAGAGUUGUGGCUGCAAACAAAGCCAUUGAAUGAGAAGAUUCAAACACAUGUUGGAAGCUCAGCUAAGGAUUUUGUUAUGGUCCUUUCAUAUCAUCGAAAGUCUUGA